ACGACGUUGGCAGUGGACACCGAGAACACCAGUCAAUCUGUCGCUAUGCAAUUAUUUAAUACAGAUAACCUUUUGUCGGGUUGCUAAACGGUUCCCAUCCUCCCGCCUUUCUCACGUCGUCCAUGAUAUGAGCCAAAUGCGAUCGUAUGAGCUGGGAAGAAAACAUAAGGACCACCGCAUCCGAGUCGAUAGGCUUCUCACAGUGACAGUCAGUGAUUGUCACUGACUAUUGCUCUUCUGGCGCUGUUUCAGCAUGCCAAUCAAUUUACUGAUGCGACCACCGGAUACCUGAAUUACAUUUCAACGCAUGGAAGAUUCUUCCAGUGCCUUACCGAAUGGGUCUUUCGCACCUUCGUGUAUCCCUGGACCAUGUAGUACCUACUUACGCCUACGACGAACCGGAUCAUAAUCUUUCCGCGGUUUCCAAGGGUGUCUUGACGUGCCACUCCAUUUGCUUAUAGUUGCUUAUGCAGUCGUUACUCGUGGACACGAACAUCUCUGUCAAGUUCAUCACCUGAUCGCUCGUGAAUCAGUUUUCAGGUCCUCACUCAUCAAACUUCGAACAAAAACAGGUUGGAGCUGCAAUCAAAAAAUCGAGAGGCCGACCUUGGGCAGUCCGAGUAGUCCGAGCAGUCCGGGCGUAGAAUUUACUACUCAAAUUUCAGGCCCACUUUCGUCGUAACAGUGAACUACGACGACAGAUGGCUACCCGCAGUUAUUGAGUGAGCCUAUAUUUGUGCUCCACAAGCUCGAGGUCUGGUGUUGGUCGGCUUUCAUAUUAUAACCAUACCAUCCAUCUCAAGUUGACGACCCCACCCUAGAUCCGCUCUUUUUGACCCUCUUCAUUCCUUCAAACGGCGUUGUCAAAGGUCCUUUAGAGUUUCUGCGUCAUCAUCAAUCUAAUGUCCAAGCGAAACGGCAUUUCAUACACAUAUAAAAUUUGUGUUAUCACGACCCCGUGGCCUAUUCUUAAUACAAUUGGAGGGCGGCACUGUUUAUUCGAAUCAAGGUACUGUCAUGGUUGCGCCAAGAUCGUAACUUGAAGCACGAUGAUCUUUGGUACGGUUACCGCCGUCCUAGCAAAAGGGUGGCUCUAUGAUCCUAUAAAAGCUCCCCAUGCUCUUUUUUUUAAAACGUAGGCUCAAGCCUUAUCUCCCACCUCGCUCCGCCCACAGCUCAAGAUGCGCUACUUUCUGACACCUCUCGCUCUUGCUAGUAGCGCUGCGGUUAUGGCGCAAGCGAAGAUGUUCCACUGGCCUAACCGUCAGAUGGAGAUGUUGGACACCGUUUUCUUCGAGCAGACUGCCUUCCAAACCCCCGUCAGUAAGUGUGUGGUCAGAGAUAACUCGACCGUCGCAGCUCAAUGGGUCCGGAUGGCGUUCCAUGACAUUGCGACACACAACAUCGACGAUGGAACCGGGGGCAUGGACAGCUCAGUCUUCUUUGAGCUUGAUCGUGGGGAGAACGCUGGAUUGGCCAGAGCCUUUCCCGACUUCUUGGGCUUCGGUUCUCGAUUAAUCAGUCUCGCGGACUUGAUCGCGGCUGGUGCGAUCGUCGCAUCCUUGGAAUGUAAUGGACCCGUCUUCCCUUACAGGGCUGGGCGUGUCGAUGCAACUGGCCAAGGAGGAGGAGGGGCACCGAAGCCGUUCCUGAACCUCACCGACCUUCAGGAAUCGUUCAGAAGACAAGGAUUCAACAAUGCGGAGAUGAUCGGACUUACCGCCUGCGGGCAUGCGUUUGGUGGCGUUACGAAGAAAGAUUUCCCCGAUGUCAUGCAAGAUGAACGCCAAUUCCAGUUCUUCAACAACAGGACCACGUUGUUCGACAACGGAAUUGUUACACAAUAUCUUGAAGGAACAACCUUCAACCCGCUAGUGGUCGGUGUGAAUGCGACCACUAAUUCUGAUAUCCGAGUCUUCAAUAGUGACCAGAACGCCACCGUUAAGGGUCUCGCCGAUCCGGCAGCCUUCACCAAGACUUGUACAGACCUUUUCACAAGGAUGCUCAACGUUGUGCCGGCCGGAGUCACUCUCACAGACGUCAUUGAGCCAUGGGAUUACAAAGUAGGAGAAGCUCGUAUCUCCGUGGCAAACAACACCGACAAGCUGUCGAUGUCCACUACUCUCCGCCUCUUGAACCCCAAAGACAACCCCAGAAGACAAGUCAAGCUCGUGUGGGUCGACACACAUGGAAGAUGCUCUCAAUGGUCAGGCUGCUCCGCUUUGGCUAGCGGGUCUACUCCCAUCACCGGUAGUACUUUCUUCCAGAAGGGUUUCGGAAAGACAGCCAUCCAGUACAAUUUCAAUAUCAAGGACAUCGACCCUUCCACAUCCAUCGGAAAAUUCUGGUUCGAAAUCGAUGAGAGAGACGGUAGCAGGCCGACAGAGGUCAAGAACGACGACGGCAAAGGAUACAACAUUGCUCAGGACGACGUGCUAUUCGACGUUACCCGAAGUACUCUGUUCACCAACGCGGAUGGUACCAACUUCACCUCUCAGAUAGUCAUUGCCGUCAAAGAUAACUUAGCAGGAAAGGCUCCGAUUAAUGUCGAAACGGUGGAUGCCUACACCGCUCCCCUCAAAUACGACGUGCAUGAAGCCAAGCUCGACACACGAUUCAAGAAGACCGCCGGAUACACCUUCUUCUCCUUGACGCCCCCGACUUUCAGGAAUGCCGCGUUCGAUGUGUACUACGGUCAAGUUGUUCCUCAGAACUUGAAGGUGCAGCACGGGCAGGUCGCUGAGGCGUUGAGCAAGGUUCAAUCAUUAUCUUAAGGGUUCCUCGGGGUUGUUAUUAUCCUGUUUCGCCUUUGUCGCAUUCACAUCCAUCGGCUAGUAAUUGAAGUAUCCAUACAAGAAUUGUAAUUCAUUCUAUCUACUAGUACCUCACAUCAAAUCCAACUGUUUCA